UUGGCUCGUCAAAACGUGUUCCUGCAGAAUCGCUUGCAGCAUAGCGCACUGAGAGGGUCACAGUACCUCAUGCAGUAAGCUCCGUGGAGGGAUUGUCAGGAUUGGGACUUCUUCAGCUGUAUGGCACGAUUAUAUAAAGCAAGUGAUCGUCUCCUUUCUCUUCCUCCGCACCUCUGCGGUCUCCCCAAUCUCAUCGCACUGUAAAACAGCUACCGCCCCAACGACAGCUAUAGAAGAUGGACCUCGACCCUUCGAGAGCCGAGAUAUCCUUCACGACUCCAAUCCUGCUUGCGAUACCGGUUCUCGUCGUUGCGGCCUUGCUAGCUUCACGCCUCCUCGCCCCUCAAAGAGACCCUCGCGAGCCACCAUUCAUUCCCCAUCCCGUCCCAUACAUAGGCCACCUGCUCACCUUCCUGCGCGAAGGCGGCGACUACUUUCCCCGUCUCUACCAACGCUACCAUCAUGGGAUCUUCGCCAUCCCAGUCUUCUCCUCUCGCAUUUAUGUCCUGGCAACCCCAGCAUGGGCCCAAGCCAUGCAUAAAAACUUCAAAACCCUCAGCUUCAACACCCUCAUUGUCCAAGCCAUGAAGAUGGUGUUCGACAUGGACGAAGCUUCUAUGAACACCAUCUCCCGCAACCCGAACGGCGAAGACGGAACUCGCGAGGGCAUACUGCUCGAAAUGCACGACCUAAUGUUCACCUCUUUCGUCCAAUCCAUCGACGAGAUGAACGCCAACUUCCUCAAAUGCUGGGCCCCUCACAUCAAUCCCCUCGCAACUCACGGCAAGACGGAAACAAUCUCGCUCUGGUACUGGCUGCGCCACCACUUCUCCAUCGCCUCCACAGACUCCCUCUACGGACCUCAGAACCCCCUCGCUCUCAACCCCGGACUUGAAGACGAUGUCUGGGUCUUCGACGACAACAUUGACAAGUUCUUCCUGCCAUUCCCUUCGCUCACGCUACGGAAAGGCUACCAGGCCCGACAGCGGAUGUUCGACGCUUUUGUCAAGUUCGCGGAGAACGACGGGUACAAGCAUGCCUCGCGCAUCAUCAGUGUUCGCGCUGAGGUCAACUACAAACACGGCAUUUCAACGCGUAUGGUCGGGUACGGGGAGACGAGCAUGAUGUUCGCCGUGCUUAUCAAUACCGUGCCCGUGACGUUCUGGCUGUUGAGCUACCUCUUCGCCGAUACCACGCUGCUCGCGGACGUCCGAGCAGAGAUCGAGGCUUGCAUCUCCAACACUGACGUCUCGAAGCGGAUCGUCAACGUCACGAAGCUCAAGACGCAAUGUCCCCUCCUCAACAGCGCGAUGCGGGAGACUCUCCGCAUCUGCGCGACGAUGAACAUAAACCGCUACGUUACGGUAGACACUACCCUCACCAACGCCAGCGAGGGGGAGAGCUAUCUGUUGAAGAAAGGGAAUCUCGUCAUGGUUGGGGCAAACGUUAUGCACUUUGAGCCUGACAUCUUCGGCACAGAUCCGCAAAGAUUUGACGCUAGACGCUUUCUGCCAACGUUGGAAAAGGGCAAGAACGAUAAUGCAUCAGGCGAAUACACGGGCAAAGCGCUCGACCCCGCAGCCGCGUAUAGAGAUGGAGAGGGGAAGGUGCAUGGUGGUGCUUUCCGCCCGUUUGGUGGCGGGAAUAAUAUCUGUCCCGGGCGACAUUUCGCGCAGACGGAGAUUCUCACGGUGGUGGCGAUGUUUGUGGCAGGGUUCGACAUUACGGCGGCGGAUGGAGGGAAGUACGUGCCGCCGCCAUUUCAGGCUACGAAGAUCAUUGCGGGCGUUGUGAGGCCGGCGAGGGAUGUGGAGGUGAGGGUGCGAAGGCGGCCGGGGGUGGAGGAUGUGGAGUGGGUUUGUGAGAUGUGAUGGCAAUAGGGGGCGUUUGCCUCGGAAUCGCUUGAGCUUGAGGCACGAUUAUCAAGCUCAAGGGACGGCCGGAGCAUUCCCGCUCAAUAGUCCGCUCCCAUAUCGGCUACAGAGAUGCAGAUCAACUCAGUUUUAAAUGUGGGAGCAAGCCAAGGUACCGCAUGCCCGACUCUCGAUGCGCUGGACCGUUCCUCCUUCUCUCGCUUCACCGUGGUCAAGGCUAACCUUCAGUGCUCACAAAGAAGGAUGUUUGCGAGCAAGCCACAGCUCAGGCUUACAUGACUUGAUGCCUCCAGAGCAAAUUGGCUCGUAUAUUCAACGGCUUGCUUGAGUCGUCCAUGGACAUGUCUGCAGAUUCCCUCAUCCUCAAAGCAUCUCGCAGCCGCGUGACGCUCC